AUGAGUGGUAAAUUGCUUUACUUAAUCAGCUAUGUUUAAGCUCUUAGUAAAUGCUAAUGUACUGUAGAUUCAUCUCCUAUUCCAGGUUUGAGUAGUACUCCACCUCCUACUCUUUCUAUUUCUCGUGAUAAUGAAGAAAUUGAUAAUGUAGAUUAAGGAAAGUUAAUAGCUAUUGGAUCUAUUUAAGUUCUUCAAAAACUUUUCUCUGUUUAAUAGCAAUCAAGUGCAGGUCUCAACUAAAAUUGCCCCUCAGGAUACAUCCCUGUCACUUAAGAUGACUUAACUUCUAUCAUCGCAAGGUCAGAUUUUUAGUUUUUAGUUGGCUCUACAUAUUUAAACCUUGACUUCUCUAAAAAUACCUAUUAUUCUUCUACUAAGGUCAACCCUACAGUUACUAGUGGUAGUGACGCAAAUGCUUAUGUCUACUAUACUUUAUCUCUAGAUGAGAAGAGUAAACCUGUUAUUGGAUAGGAAAAUACAUAUUUUGAUAAGAAAACAAAAGCUACAAUUUGCAAAAGAAAUUUGAAGCAAUUCUCAAUAUCAUUAGCUGGAUAUGAAGGAUUUGAUUUAGAAAAGGGAAAAUCCUACUAAAUGUAAAUUACUAACAAAAAUGUAUUGUAAUAUUACAUUUAUGAUAACAAUGGAAAUAAAUUUACAACUUAAACCUUCUCUUAUACUCAUAAUGGAGACUCUUAAUGGGGAUGCGCUACACUCAACUUCAAGCUCUAGCUUUUUGGAGGAAUCUCAGUAGGUGAUUGUCUUGCUAUCUGGACAUAGAAUCAGAUCGCCUUUAAUGCUGAUUCUAGCAGUUUUAAUAUGAAUUCAAUAUAAACUAGUGUCUUAUAAGGAGUGAAAGCUAAUGUGAAUAAUGGCUUUUUUUUCAGUUCUGGUUCUGCACCAAUAGCUCCUAUUAUCGGAGAUUCAAGCUCCUUUUAUGUCUAUUACUCAAUUCAGACUACAAAUCAACUGAUGGUUUAAAAGGUUUCAAGUACAGGAACACCUAUUGGACCUGCAAUCGACACUAAAUAGGUUGGUGAUACUUUUGAUAUUGUUUCAACAGGUUUUGGUUUUGUAGUGAUGGCAGCAGAUUCUACUUAGAGAGCGUUUAUCUAAGCAAUUAAUAAGGAUGGAUCAUAGAGAUGGCUUAGAAUACUAAUUAACAAUGGUGAUAAGCCAAAUAGCCCUAAAGAUUAAAUAAAAUUCUUUUCAGAUGAUAAGUGUAGCUUACCUUUUGGAAUGACUUGUAUGUAUAGACCUCAUAAUGGUAGGCUUAAUUAUGCAAGAGGAAAAAUAUAAGCUAUUUGGGCUCAUUAUAACCAUUUCGGAUUUAAAAAUGGAGCUAGAGAUGAUCAUACUGCAGAUUCUAUGAUUAGUUUGGAUGCAGAUACAGGAUAUGAUUAGAAUAUAUUUUGGGCUUGGGGAGCUUCUCAUUCUUUGUAUUAAAACAUGCACUAUGAUGGAAAAAAUCUGUAUGUAGCUUCACUUGGAGAUGCAUUCCCAAUGAAUAUUAAAUUUUAGGUUUGCAACAUUGAUACCUUUUAAUGUAAGGCUAGUAGUACUGUUGUUUAAGGGGAUAUUCCUGGUGAUGGUAGUGGGAAAGCUUCAGGUAGAAUAGGUGGUUUUUUUAGCAUUUAUGGAAACAGAAAUCAAAAAUUAUUUGUCUAUCAGAGAAAGGCAUGCAAUGGAGGAUAUGCCGGUAAAACUUCAACUAAUUCAAUCAAUGAGCUAGCUGUUAUUAAGUUUGAUUCUUAGUUAAAUUACAUUUCCUCUACAACUCUUUUAAGUGGUGAUAUAGCUUCUAGAGUGAAUAGCAUAAAAUCAUUAGCUUAUGGAAAAAACAUACUGCUUGCUUAUACAGUAAUUCCUAAUUCUGAAUUGUAAAAUUUCAAUCGCUAAAAUAGCAAUCCUAAAGUAGAUUAAGCUUUUAUAGCUUUGCUGAAUGGGGUAGAUGGAUCAUUUUUAGUUUAACCAUAAUAGUUAUCCAGUUACUAAAUAAAUUCAUCAGAUGAUUGGAGAAUACUGGAGAAUGGAAGUAUUGCUUACACAUAUAUUGAUAUCAAUAAAAAUUUAAAUGUUUACUAUACUCCUUCUUUAAUAAUACCCAGUUAUCCCCAUCCUAUAUUGACAACAGACACUACAUAUGGAUUUGGCAGUUUUACUAAUUCUUAGGUCAGUAUUCCAAUAAAUAACUAUAAUAAUGUUUGCCUUAAACAAGGUGAUUCUAAUUGGAGUAUUGUAGACUUUGGAGGAAAUUCAUCUAAUAAUAAUUCAAAUAGUAAAACAAAUAAAGAUGAAAUUACUAAUAACGAUAGUAGCAAUAAUAAUUCAAAUAGUAAAACAAAUAAAGAUGAAAUUACUAAUAAAGAUAGUAGUGAAUAAAAUUCUUUUAAAUAAAUAAUAAAGAAUUUAUGGAUUAUUUUAAUAUUAUUAACUAUAAAUUUAUGA